AACGUGAAGUGUCGUCUGCUUCUGAUCUCAAGCCUGGGUGAACAGGGUCAGAUUCCCGCGCGUGAAUCUAAAGAAGCCCUGGUCCUUUAGGGACUCUGAGGAGUUACUCCCCAGACCACCACCUCCCGAGUUCUGACAGAUUCGCUGAAGCUUCAGAAAGUGGGCCUUCUGAUAGAAGGAGUAUUUGGAUCUGGGAACUCAGGGGAGGAGAAGGACUGGGCCUGGGCACUCAGGCGAGGGGUGGAGGCUGGCCUGGGGACUCAGGGAACGAGCCUGCUGGAAUAGCUCUGCCUUCCCUACCACGGGUCUGAAGACAUAGGCCCAUCUGUAUCUCUGCCAUGGGGGCUCUGGAGGCCGUCUUUUUGGCAUUGGCUGCAGGCCUGAGCACUGCCAGCCCACCUAACAUCUUGCUGUUAUUUGCUGAUGACCUGGGCUAUGGGGACCUAGGCUCUUAUGGGCACCCCAGUUCCACCACCCCCAACCUGGAUCAGUUGGCUGCAGGGGGAAUGCGGUUCACAGAUUUCUAUGUGCCUGUGUCUCUGUGCACACCAUCUCGGGCUGCUCUCCUGACUGGCCGGCUCCCAGUUCGAUCAGGAAUGUACCCUGGAGUUCUGGGGCCCAGCUCCCAAGGGGGCCUGCCCCUGGAGGAGGUGACCCUGGCUGAGAUCCUGGCUGCUCGAGGCUAUCUUACAGGGAUGGCUGGCAAGUGGCAUCUUGGAGUGGGGCCAGAAGGGGCCUUCCUGCCCCCACAUCAAGGUUUCCAUCGAUUCCUAGGCAUCCCGUAUUCCCAUGACCAGGGUCCCUGUCAGAACCUAACCUGCUUCCCACCAGACACCCCCUGCGAUGGUGGUUGUGACCAGGGCCUGGUUCCCAUCCCAUUGCUGGCUAACCUGUCUGUGGAGGCCCAGCCCCCUUGGCUGCCUGGUCUAGAGGCCCGUUAUGUGUCUUUCGCCCGAGACCUCAUGGCUGAUGCCCAGCGCCAGGGCCGACCAUUCUUCCUGUACUACGCUUCCCACCACACCCACUACCCUCAGUUCAGUGGACAAAGCUUCACAGAGAGCUCAGGCCGUGGGCCUUUUGGGGACUCCUUGAUGGAGCUGGACGCAGCUGUAGGGGCCUUGAUGACAACUGUGGGAGACCUGGGUCUGCUCGGAGAGACACUGGUCAUCUUCACUGCAGAUAAUGGUCCCGAGUUGAUGCGUAUGUCCAGAGGUGGCUGCUCUGGCCUCCUGAGAUGUGGGAAAGGAACAACUUAUGAAGGUGGUGUCCGAGAACCUGCCUUGGCCUUCUGGCCAGGCCACAUUAAGCCUGGUGUAACCCAUGAGCUGGCCAGUUCGCUGGACCUGCUGCCUACCCUGGCAGCCUUGACUGGAGCUCCACUGCCCAAUGUCACCUUGGAUGGUGUUGACAUCAGCUCCGUGCUGCUAGGCACAGGCAAGAGCCAACGGAAGUCUGUCUUCUUCUACCCGCCCUACCCAAAUGAGAUUCAUGGAGUCUUUGCUGUGCGGAGUGGGAAAUACAAGGCUCAUUUCUUCACUCAGGGCUCUGCCCACAGCGACACCACUUUCGAUCCUGCCUGUCACGCUGCCAGCCCUCUUACUGCUCAUGAUCCCCCGCUCCUCUAUGACUUGUCUGAGGACCCUGGUGAGAACUACAAUCUUUUGGAAAAUAUGGAAGAGGUCUCCCCAGAAGUUCUACAGGCUCUGAAACACCUCAAGCUGCUCAAGGCCCAGUACGAUGCAACUGUGACCUUCAGCCCCAGCCAGAUAGCCAAGGGUGAGGACCCUGCCCUGCAGAUCUGCUGUCAGCCGAGCUGCACUCCCCACCCAGCCUGCUGCCACUGCCCAGACUCCCAGUCCUAAGGUCCUGGAGAAAAUCACAGGGGUCCCCCAAGGGUAGCCCAGGACCCCUAACCGUAUCCUGAGUGUGUGAUGGUUCAGCAGAAGAAGGGCAGGGGCAAGUGUGUAGUUUGUAUCUGGUAGUGUAAUAACAUCAGCUGAGACUUGCAGGUGUGCUAAUUCAUCUAGUCCUUGUGGUAACUCUGAGAUCAGUACUAUUCUCCUGUGCUACAAAUGAGGAAACUGAGGCAUGGGGAAAAUCUCAUGGACCUGUCCAAGUCCAAAGUCACCUUACUAGAAAGAACUUGAUCUAGGGUUUGAACCUGGGCAUUCAGGGUCUGAAAUUUGCCCUGUCACUGAAGCAAUGGACAUGUCUGUUCACAGAAGCCAGUAGUGCAUUCAGGUGCCAGGAACUGUGAGGGAAGGGUGGUGAAGGCAUGGUAUCCAGGAGACCCUAAAAGUGCCCAAUCCUUGGAACAUAGGUUUUCCUCAAGAAGCAUUGUUAGUAGAGGCACUGCAGCUGGCCACCUUGGGUCUUACAAAAAAUCUGUCAUCUGGAAUUAGGUGAUAAACUGCCCAUUCCAGAUAGAGUUAAGUAAUUGGGGGCCCUGCUAGAUCCCAAGAAGGAACAUGAGCAGCUCCUGAGACAGCCCCCUGGGGCUCGCCGGCCUCCCCAGCUCUGCAUUCCUCCAUUGUGCAAUACUUCAAGUCUCCUCAUCCCUUCUAAUUUUCUACAAAGCAAUCUUUAAAAAAAAAAAAAAAAAAAAAAAAAAACAUCUGUCAGGGGCCAGUGAGAUGACUCUGUGGGUAAAAAUGCUGGCUCUGCAAGCCUGGCAACCUGAGUUCAAUCCCCAGGAACUCACAUGAAAAAGCCUGAUAAAAGGGGCCCCACACCUGUAAUCUCAGCAUUCUCAGGGAAGAUAGGAAGAAAGGAGGAUUGCCCAGAAUCUUGUAUGCCAGCUAGCCUAGAGUAUGAGCAUGGUAGAAACGAGAGAUAUCCCGCCUCAGGGAGAUAGGAAGAGAACCAGAUCCCCAGAGUUGUGCUCUGACCUCUGCACACGCUCUGUGGCCCACACAUGUCUGAACUUACAUAUAUCACACUCACAUGAGCAACAAUAAUACUAAUAAUAAAUGUCAAAAAAAAGAAGUCUAUUGGGUUGGAGUCCACCAUAUUCAAAUUCCAAACUCGUUCAGUGACCCACCAUUCCCUCAGGCCCACUGCGAGCUGGCCUGACUGUUCUUUCCUAUGGCACUGUUCUGCCUCAGAUGUUAGCUUCUAUAGAAAGAGACCUUUGGGCUGUGUUUGUAUGGCAGGGUGUGCUGUGCAUCCCAAGUGCCCCUCAGUACUGGUCACCUCAGAACCUCAGGGUGUCCCGAUAUCUCCAGCAAUAUUUCUACUGUUGCCUCUUUUCAAUGGGGACAGACUUCCAGGAGUCAGGCAUACAGCCUCUGUCCUUCAAGGUGGUGAGCCAUCUGAGCUGGUUAAGUUCCAGUGAUUGGUCCAGGAGUGGCAUGUGACUAGGGGUCCUGGUAGUGAAAGGUUGGGGUGAUCUGAGUGAGAACCUAACUUUAGCAAUGCUGCUGGCCCUGGACAGAACCAGGCGAUCGUUAAACCAGUGUCUCCAGCUGCCCUGCCUGGAGAGCAUCAAAAGUACUUGCAGCUGACAUGGCCUGGUCUGAAUGAGGCCUGAAUGGAGUAUAUGAGACCCACUUUGUGGGGAAAGGACACCUCAUGUUUGCUUGAGGUCUUCCACAACUCCAUUUUCCAUAGAACUCUUCCAUAACCUCUUAUCUGGCUAAGAAGCUACACUGGCCACACUCCAAGAACUGCCGCAUCCCAGGCUAUGCACACAAGGUAAAGGGGUUUUUUUUUGCGGGUACCCAGCAGGAAUUUAUCUAACUGGAGGGCUGGUGUCAGAUGAUCGAUACCGCAGUUUGAGGUGAAGAGAGGAGAGAACUGAAACAUGGGUCAUC